AUGUGCGGGAUCUUCAGCGUCCUGCGCCUCACGGGCGACGCGCGCAAGAAUCGGCAGCGCGUGUAUCAGCUCGCGAAGCGGCUGCGACACCGAGGACCGGAUUCGUACGGGAUGGAGGUGCGAUUGGACGACGCGGGACGACAAACCUUCAUGGUGCACAAGCGCCUGAGCAUCGUGGCGCCGGGAAAGAGCGGCGAUCAACCGCUGUUCACGGACGCGACGAAGAGGACGGCGUUCAUCGCGAACGGGGAGAUUUAUAAUCACGCGGAAUUGAGGGAAAAGUAUGGAAUCGUGAGCGAGAAUAAGAGCGAUUGUCAAGUCAUCGGGCACCUGUACGAGCAGCACGGGCCGAGCUUUGUGAGCGAGCUCGACGGAAUGUUCGCGUUCGUGAUUGAGGAUCGCGAGAACGAUGUGAUCGUGGCGGCGAGAGAUCACAUGGGUAAGAUUCCGAUGUAUAUGGCGAACGGGAAGGAUGGGAGCGUGUGGUUUAGCAGCGAGAUGAAGACACUUCACGACGACCCGGGGGUGGCGAAUUAUGAAAUCUUCCCCCCUGGUCACGUGUACGUCAAGAAGGGGGACGCGCCGGCGACGAUCGAGCGCUGGUACAACCCGCAGUGGAUUACGGAUGAAAAUUACGUGCCGACCAAGGAGGCAAACUUGGAGGAGCUCCGUGAGUGCGUCGUCGACGCCGUCACCAAGCGUUUGAUGGCGGACGUCCCGUACGCCGUGCUCCUCUCUGGAGGCCUCGACUCUUCGUUGAUCACUUCCAUCGCUGUGCGUCAGCGUAAGUUAGCGAAGAACACGUACGGUGCGGACGAACCCGUGCACUCGUUUUCCAUCGGUAUCAAGGGGGCACCAGAUUUAGUCGCCGCUCGCAAGGUUGCCGAGCAACUCGGAACGAUUCACCACGAGGUGCAUUUCACGCCUGAGGAAGCCUUGGACGCGCUUCCGGAUGUCAUUUGGCAUCUGGAAACGUUCGAACAAGUUCGGGCGUCGGUGCCAAUGUAUCUUUUGAGCCGUCAUAUCAAGUCACUGGGAUUCAAGAUGGUGCUGUCGGGCGAGGGCGCGGAUGAGCUCUUCGGCGGAUACUUGUAUUUUCACAAGGCGCCGAACCCGGCUGAAUUCCACGCCGAGUGCCGUCGGAAGACCAUGCGAUUGCACCAAUGGGACGUUUUGCGCGCGAACAAAUCAACUAUGAGUUGGGGCAUUGAGGUGCGCACUCCGCUCUUGUCUCAGCAAGUCAUCGAUCUCGCGAUGAACAUGCGACCGGAGGACAAGAUGAUUGAUGUCAACAAGAAGGAUGCGGAUGGGCGUCCGUACUUGGAAAAGUACAUCCUUCGCAAGGCGUUCGACACCCCUGGAGAUUCCUACUUGCCGCAAGAAGUGCUUUGGCGACAAAAAGAACAAUUUAGCGACGGCGUCGGCUACGACUGGGUCGACGGUUUGGCGGCGCAUGCCGAGCUCGAAGUGUCGGAUGAAGACUUUGCGAGACGCGCCCAACGCUUCCCGCUGCAUCCGCCGACGACGAAGGAGUAUUACUUGCUCCGCUCCAUUUUCGAGGAGCACUUUGUGACUGGAUUUGAGAAUGGUGACUGCGCGUAUGCGACGUGCCCAUUUGGCAAAUCUAUCGCGUGUUCCACUCCGGAAGCCGUGUGCUGGGAUCCUGAGUGGGAGAAGAGCGUCGGGGAUAUUUCUGGCCGGGCGGUGAAGAACGUGCACGUCGCGGCGGAUAAGUUUGAUGUGAAGAAGGAUGGGACAGCCGCGACUAUCUCUGCGACUAUGACGGGUGUUCGGGAGCGUGGUGUUCGUGUCAAGGCGCGCGCGGUGCGUGGCGUCCCGCAACAGCAAGCGCGUCGCGGGCAUGUCCGGUUCUCCGGUUUGCGCGCCUCUCCCGCCUCCAAGGUUUUACUUUUGUAGGCUUUUGUACGGGAGGAAUAGAUUGCACCUAGACGGAAUAAACAUUGAUUGAGAA